CUGGUGACACCUCCUCCUCAUGAUUUAAGGAGCAGAGUGAUGGAGCAGAGAGGAGGUGAAGAACGACUUCCUGAAAGGAGAAAAGGAGAAUUAAAUGAGAGGAGAAGGAAAAAAGAGAAGAAUCUACGGCUGUCCUCCUCCUCCUCCUCCUCCUGCAGACUGCCACCUGAGGUCCUGGGGCCUCUGGAAACCAUCACCUACUCCUCCUCCUGCUCCUCCUCCUCCCCCCCGUCGGGUCCUGUACCCGGCCUCCAGGUCCCGGCGGCCCCCCCAGAGGGAGGACCCGGACCCAGCCCGCCGCUGGCUGCUGCUCCUCUGCGCUCUCGUGUUCCUGCAGAUCUACACGGAGGAGACGCACACCUGCACAGAGCUCCAAAACCAGAACCAGAACCACAACCAGAACCACAACCAGGACACGGCAGUGCCACACCCCCAGCAGGGAGAGAGAGGCCUGUGCUCGGUUCAGGGGGGGACGGGGGAGGAGCCCUGGAGGAUCCAGAUGGUGGGCGGAGCUUCAGAGACUCAGCUGUAG